UUAUUUAUUAUCUACGAAUCUACGUGCUGGCCUAGUAAGGAAAGUGUCAUAUAUGAACACUGUUCAGCAAGUUGCAAUCUUAGCACUCCGAAAUUGUAUGCUACUGAAAGGGUUAGCUUUCCAUAGUCUGCUGGGUGAGGGAUAAUCUUACGAGACAUUGACGGAAAUUUCAAUUUUUUGCCAAACUGUUGACAACACAUUUAUCGUGUAAUUUAUCAUACGCUAACUGUCACAUAUCAUUGGACUUUGGUAAGACGGUGUACAGUGCUAUUAUGACCUGUAGGACAAUUUAACUUGAUAAUAAUAUUAGAUGGCCUGAUAAUAAUAUUAGAUGGCCUGAUGCUAACAUCAAUGUGCAGUUCCUGGUGCCUGACAGUCAACAGUGAUAUAACUUACCAGAGCCCCUAUUAAAACUUCUCUGGAUAUACUUUGAAGUAAACGUACUGGUGUAGGUGGGCCCUUUGGUAGGUCGGAGAGUAUUAGUGUUGCAAAACUAUGCGCUCAUUUCAUUUCAACUCGCUUAUCUGUGUUAAGGCCAGAAAUGUCAAUUAUGUUAACCAUGUGACUUUCUUCCAUUGGAAUAAGUGGUUUUGUGUGCAGUGUCUUUGGUAUGUGUAAUUGCCUGUAUGUGUCUUGAGAAAGAUUCAGCUAUGUUAUUUGCUGGGUCGCUAGCCUUUUAUUUUACUCGGUAGCUAGCUACUAAAGGAAGAGUCACUUCCUGGUUUUCUCAGACAAUGAUCAAGACAGCUAGUGUACUACUCUGGAUACGAUAAUGGGAACAUAGUGGGUUUGUUAUCAUAUAUCUGUUGACAAUGAACGAAACUAUAGAAAACCAGACUUUAACACUAUGCAAUGUGACCUACUCAAUGGGCUUUACAGUUGGUCAGGUCUGCGAUACCGGCCAGCCCCUACAGUGUUUGGGUAUCAAUGUGACGGACAGUAACAGCACGGACAGUAACAACACAUCCAGCAUAGCAAUGGGUCAAGACCGGGGAAAGUAUGACUUCUACAUUGGCCUGGGCUUGGCCAUCAGCUCGAGCAUAUUCAUCGGUGGAAGUUUUAUACUGAAGAAAAAAGGGCUUCUCCGCCUUGCCAGGAAAGGCUCCAUGAGAGCAGGACAAGGCGGACAUGCAUACCUAAAAGAAUGGUUGUGGUGGGCAGGCUUGUUAUCAAUGGGGGCAGGUGAAGCUGCAAACUUUGCUGCUUACGCGUUUGCUCCAGCUACUCUCGUGACGCCACUUGGCGCCCUCAGUGUUCUUGUGAGUGCAAUCCUGUCCUCCUACUUUCUGACGGAGAGGCUGAAUCUCCACGGCAAGCUGGGGUGUCUGCUCAGUAUCCUGGGCUCCACUACCAUGGUCAUCCACGCCCCUCAGGAGGAGGAAAUCGGCAGCCUGGAGGUUAUGGCCAAAAAGCUGGUUGAUCCAGGUUUUCUGUUCUUUGCCACCUGUGUCGUCAUCGUGGCCCUCAUUUUCAUGUUCGUGGUGGGUCCAAGGCACGGUCAGACCAACAUCAUGGUCUACAUAACCAUCUGCUCGGUGAUCGGAGCCCUGUCCGUCUCCUGUGUCAAGGGCCUGGGCAUCGCCAUCAAGGAGGCCAUCGCCGGCCAGCCGGUAGUAAGGAACCCGCUCUCAUGGAUACUGCUUCUGGGCCUGGUGGCCUGCGUCAGCACGCAGAUCAACUACCUGAACAAGGCACUGGACAUCUUUAACACGUCGCUGGUGACGCCCAUCUACUACGUGUUCUUUACAACAUCGGUGCUCACCUGCUCCGCCAUCCUCUUCAAGGAGUGGGAGCAUAUGGCCACGGACGAUAUCAUCGGUACGCUUAGUGGCUUCUUCACCAUCAUUGUGGGCAUCUUCCUGCUCCACGCCUUCAAGGACGUCAACGUCAGCCUGGCCACGCUGGCCGUGACCAUCCGCAAGGAGGAGAAGCUGGCCUCAGCACCUAACGGCCUAGCCUCGUACGGCCACUCCAGCUAUGAGCUGCUGCACAACGACAGCACCGCGGACCAUGAUGACCGGGAGAUUGGACUGCCCUUUGACAGCGUCUCUAGAAGGAAUGGCUCCAUGUCAACUGCGUAAAAAGGGGUGGGCAGGAGAUGGCAUCUACUGGACUAAGGAUGCUGUGGGGGUUCCUGUUUCAUGUUUUUAUUUAAAAACAGGCUUAACUUAAGACAAUCAACUCUUUGGGCAAAAAAAGGUGACUUGGAUGGACCAAUCGAUUGUAACUACUGGUUUUUUUAUUAUAAUUAUUUGCCUUAUUAUACAUUUUCGGUUUUGACUUAAAACAAACUUAAGUACAUGGUUAGGCUCCCUCAUCUCAUUCUCCAUGUAGCACUGUAAAUAUUGAUCCUAUAUGUUUUUAAGAGCUUUUGUUAGAAUUACUGUACAGACGUCUGUAUUUACAUGCACUGAGUUCCUUUCUACCAGUUGACUAUUGAUUGCUUUAUCUUUGUAAUAAAGUUGACCCAUGUACAGACAUGAGAUCCUACUAAAUCAAA